UUGUACAGAUGUCAUAGAAUAGUUUCAUUCUAAACAAAACUCAACUGUGGUGUAUCUGUGUGAUAUUUUUAAGGAUUGUGGUGCUAGAUCCAUAAGUAUGGUUGUCAUCAUGUUAAUUAUAUUGCAGCUGGGAGCUUCAGGUACGUAAGAAAUGAGUUAUGAUGUGAUUCCAUUAAAAUGUCUCAUGUUUCUUAUGUGUUAUUUUAAAUGGUUAUGUAGUUUUGCAUGUUUCCUGUCACAUCUUACAUCCAGUAAUCAUUUACUGACUCUCAUUUCUGAAAUGACACAUAAUUGUUUAGUGUUUAGUUAGUUAAGUGAAGUAUUAUUUUACACACUGAACUCCUAAUGUGUGUGAUUGUAUUUUAGGUACUGAUGCUCAGACAGAGUUUAGAGUGGCCUACAGCCCUCAGGAAGUGUGUGGUCUCAGAGGUUCCUGGGUCUUAAUGCAGUGCAGCUACUCACUUCCUGAAGGCCCCAGGUUUGCAGCGGGGCACUGGUAUAAAACUAACCUCAAGACGCCUAGGGACACCAUGUUUGUUCCACCAUCCAAAGGUUCUGUUGAAUACAUCAUUACAUCUCGCAUCUGUCGGCUGAGGAUAAACAGCCUGAAAGAGAGUGAUGCUGGAAUCUAUGACUUCAGAGUUACACCACUGACCUUUGCACAAAUGAAAGACUCUCAUGGAGUUACUCUCGCUGUAAGCGACAGUUUACAGGUGAAACUGAGCUCUGACGUGGUGACCGAAGGAGACAGUGUGACGCUGACUUGUGGUGCUUCCUGUACCCUGGAUGCCAACACCACCUACGUCUGGCACAAGAACACGAAUGACCUUCCCUUCACGAUGGUGAACAUGAACAGCAGCCUACACCUUAACCCAGUGAGCAUGGAGGAUGAGGGCAUCUAUUCCUGUGCACUUAGAGGACAUGAGGAUCAUCCCUCCACUGCAGUGUCUCUCAGAGUUAGAAGUAAAAUGGGGAUGAUUAUGGCUGUCGUAACUGGUUGUGGAAUGGCUGUUCUGGCUGCUGCCAUUCUUUCUUGUGUCAUCAUUUGUAAUAUGAGAAGGAAACACAGGAUAAUGGAGACAGAUUCUGGAGCAGACACACAGGUUGUUUAUUUUUACACGUCCUUUUGCAUCCUUAAAGCUCAAUGGAAUUGGUCCACUGUUUGUCUGAGCACUUCAGCACAGAACACUUCCCCUUUUGCUAGUACGCUGUGGUCAGUAGAAGGGUGAUAAAGUCGUAAAAUCACAAAAUCACUGCGAUAUGUUCACUUUAAUGGUAUUUUGUUUUAGUACCUCAGUUUCUCUGCCACCGUUCUGUCAUUUAGCUAUUUAGUUCAGAAUUAUGAUUGAAUAAAUCACUUUUAAAACAUUUCCUCCAGAGAGACCAUGAUACAUAUGCAGCCCUGGACAUCCGCACCAUGUCUCCUGAUUAUGACACCCUGAAAGUAAGUGGGUGUUAUAAACAAUAAAUAAGUACAGUAGUUAAAUCUCUAUUUGUUUUUGGAGGGAGAGCGUUCAAAGAUGGAGGCCAGCUGACCUAAAUUGAACUCACACUAAAAUACUGUGAUAAUAUGUGUUUACUUCUGUGUAUUUGUCUUUCAGAAUGCGAGGUCCAUG